AUGAACAACAACCCGAUCGAAUGCACUAUAUUCCACACCAUAGAGGUGAAGAAGGAUUCAGCCACAAUGCCUAUACGUAUAGUAUAUGACUGUAGUUGCCAAGAAACAUCACAGAAACCCAGUUUAAACGACUGUUUAGACUCUACCCCACCCACAUUGAAUGACCUUUCACAUAUCAUGAUUCGAUUCCGACUUGGCAAGUAUGCAGUGUCCACGGAUAUAGAAAAGGCUUUUCUCAAUGUAAGACUGGAUAAAGAAGAUAGAGAUAUGACCAGAUUUCUGUGGCUGAGUGACCCAGGUAACCCAGACAGCCCAUUCACGACAUACAGGUUCAAAUCCGUACUCUUCGGUGCCACGUGUUCACCAUUCAUCUUAAAUGCCACAUUACUCAAGCAUCUAGAAAACAACGCUUCUAGUUGGGUCAGCAGAUUUCUUAAACGGGACUUGUAUGUGGACAAUAUAAUAUCAAGUUUUUCAACAGAAGAAGAAGUUUUGAAGUUUUUCCGAGAAACAAGAGAUUUGAUGCUUAACGGAGGAUUUAACCUGAGGUCCUGGGCAUCAAAUAGUCAACAGCUAAGAUCAGCUGCUUCAGCAGAAGGUGUCCUUGACACCGGCGAGAUUACAAAGGUUCUAGGCAUGCUUUGGCUCACCGUCACAGACGAGAUAUCUUACCCGAAUAAGGAACUUCCUGUAAUACAGGAUAUGACAAAACGUGCUAUUCUACAAUACACAUCGAGAAUAUACGAUCCACUUGGUUUACUAAAUCCAGUCUUAGUACGUGCAAAGAUUCUUCUUCAAGAUCUGUGGAAAGAGAAAUAUCCAUGGGAUACAAUUCUACCAGAGCCAAUUCAGAAGAAAUGGUUUCAACUUGCACGCGAUAUAAACAAUGUAACGGAAGUUAAAUUUUCACGCCUUAUCUUCAAAUCAUCUGAAGCAGACGACAACACUCUACAUGUAUUUGUUGACUCGAGUAUUCAAGCCUAUGGUGCAGCAGCUUACCUGUGCAGAGGAAAUGAAUCCAGACUUAUCAUGGCGAAGUCACGUGUCGCGCCCUUAAAGAAACUUACUUUACCGAAGUUAGAGCUGAUGGCUGCUGUAAUAGGAGCCCGUUUAGCCAAACACCUACUAAAAGCCAUAGAUGUACAAAACGUCACAUUUUGGUCGGACAGUCAAAUUGUAUUGCACUGGCUAAACACUUCAAGACCUACAUCAAGAUUUGUUCAGAACCGAGUAAAUGAGAUUAGAGAGUUAGCACACAACCGGAAAUGGAAUUACUGUCCUACACGAGAGAACCCGGCAGAUCUGUUAACACGAGGCGUAACGGCACAACAAUUCAAAGAAAACAGAUUAUGGUUUAGCGGUCCAAACUGGUUACCCAACACAAGUCAAUGGCCUCAAUAG